GAUCAACUGUUUUCAAGCCCAUAGAAACCUCCUCAAACCUCCCUUUUUAAACUCACGAACCUCACUCACUCUCUCCCCUCAGGUUUCACUCUCUCUCCCUCUCUCUAAUUGCAAUUGCAGGUCCCAAAUAUGGAUUUAGAUCCGAAACUCCUCAACGUCAUCACCCUCCUAAUCGCCACACUCAUCGCCGCUAAAAUCAUCGCCACUUUCUUAAUCCCCAGAUCCCGUAAACGUCUGCCGCCGGUGGUCAACGCAUGGCCGGUUUUCGGUGGGCUUUUCCGCUUCUUGAAAGGCCCAAUUGUUAUGCUGAGACAAGAGUACCCUAAAUUAGGGAGUGUGUUUACACUCAAUCUGUUGAACAAGAACAUUACGUUCUUGAUUGGGCCGGAGGUUUCAGCCCAUUUCUUUAAGGCUUCUGAAUCGGAUCUGAGUCAGCAGGAGGUGUAUCAGUUUAAUGUGCCUACUUUUGGACCUGGGGUUGUCUUUGAUGUGGAUUAUUCGGUUAGGCAGGAGCAGUUUAGGUUUUUUACUGAGGCUCUUAGGGUUAAUAAGCUUAAAGGGUAUGUGGAUCAGAUGGUGUUUGAAGCACAGGAAUAUUUCUCCAAAUGGGGUGAAAGUGGUGAAGUGGAUCUAAAACAAGAACUAGAAAGGUUAAUCAUUCUUACAGCCAGUGGAUGUCUACUGGGCGACGAAGUCCGCAACAAGCUGUUUGAUGACGUGUCAGCUCUUUUCCAUGAUCUUGAUAACGGCAUGCAACCCAUCAGUGUCAUAUUCCCAUACCUCCCGAUCCCCGCCCACCGCCGCCGCGAUCAGGCUCGCAAGAAGCUAGCCGACAUCUUUGCCACCAUCAUAAACUCUCGUAAACAAAGCGGCAAAUGCGAAAACGACAUGCUGCAAUGCUUUAUCGAUUCCAAAUACAAAAACGGCCGUCCCACCACUGAAUCUGAGGUCACCGGACUUCUCAUUGCCGCCCUGUUUGCCGGACAGCACACAAGUUCUAUAACCUCCACGUGGACUGGAGCGUACCUACUCUGCAACCCGAAACACAUGGCUGCUGUGAUCAAUGAGCAAAAAGACCUUGUGAACAAACAUGGCGAUAACGUCGAUCAUGAUAUUUUGUCGGAAAUGAAUGUUUUAUACAGAUGUAUAAAAGAAGCGCUGAGACUUCACCCUCCACUAAUCAUGUUGUUGCGCAGCUCGCACAGUGAUUUCACCGUGACUACAAAAGAAGGGAAGGAUUACGACAUUCCUAAAGGACACAUUGUUGCAACGUCACCUGCAUUCGCCAACCGACUGCCACACGUGUUCAAAGAUCCAGACACAUAUGACCCAGAUAGAUACGGUCCUGGCAGAGAAGAAGAUAAAGCAGCAGGGGCGUUUUCGUACAUUUCCUUUGGCGGUGGAAGACAUGGUUGUUUAGGAGAACCGUUUGCGUAUCUCCAAAUUAAAGCAAUCUGGAGCCAUUUGUUGAGAAACUUCGAGCUGGAAUUGGUUUCUCCAUUUCCCGAGACGGAUUGGAACGCUAUGGUGGUUGGUGUCAAAGGGAAAGUUAUGGUUCGUUAUAAGCGAAAAGUGUUACAAUGUUCAUAGGUUUAGUGCUCGAUUUCUUGCUUUCUUUCCCCUGCUUGUGGUGUGCUAAGGGUGUUGAACUGUUGAUGUUAAUCUUCUUCAAUUGAUUUUUUGUAUCGUUUAGAAUUCGAAGUUUUGGUACGUUUCUUUAUGGGACUGUUUAAUGAAUUGGUUAUGUUUUGCAAAA